AUGGAUGGCCAAAAGAGGAAGCGAAGGAAGAAGGGGAGGACGCAUCUCAGCACACCAAGGAAGCAGGGAAGGAAAGGACGACAUCCUGUGGCAGAAGAUGCAGACAUUCUGGAUCAGCAGGCAGUAGUCCUGGAGGCAAACAAUGAUGAAUGCAGUAGCGAGCCCGAAUCUUGCAGCAUUUCAGAUGGUGCUUUUCCAGGGGAAGACACCCCGUUUAUGGGGGGAGCCAAGCCGCAGGUCCUGUCGGGGGAAAGCGAGCCUAUUGAAAAGAUAGCCCCGUCCAAUCAGGAGGGCAUUCAGAAGCAGCAGGGAAGUGAAGAGCAGCGACAGGAGCCAGAGCAGGAGAGACAGCUGGGGCAAUCAGUGCAGAAGGUUUCGCUUCCACCCCUUCCAAUUGCCCCGCAAGCGGACAUACAAAUUGCGGCUCUGCCAGGCCAUCAGUCACAUCAACGGCUCAAGCCGCUGCGUCCGCUUGGGCCAGCUGGAAAUGAGAGGGGGGCCACUCAGACCCCGGCGGGGGAUGCCACGCAACCUGCCAAAAAGUGCGCAUGUGAUGUCUACAAGUUCUGCAGACAGGUGGGGGCCUUGCCCUUGUCCGAAGACGUCGCCGCUGCCCUUGCAGCCUUUCAGCACGAUGACACAACGAGGGGCCGCAAGGAGGAGGCUGUGCGGUACUUUCUGUCCCAGGUGAUGCGCCAAGUUCUGGGGUUCAACGUUCCUUUCCUGCACAAGCUCUGUGCCUUGGCUGAGGCAGCCAACGCUCGCUCGCAGUGCGAGGCGACCAAGGGGGCUGGCUUGUCCACAAGGACCGAGUCCCUUUGCAACCUGGUCACGACGUGCUUGCCGCUAAAGCCUGCAACGUCAGCAGAACGAGCGCUGGGGACUGUGUUGCUUCCUCUAGAGUGUGUUGCUGCCAGUCCCUUCAUAUUCAAGCUCUACAAAGAGCUCAACAUGAGCAAAGGGGCCCAGAAGAGAGCACCCACUUAGCUAGCAAUUUGAUACAGACAUGUCAAAAGGUCGACUUGUGUCUGGAAUCGAUCUCUCGUUAAGAACUCCAGAUAUGCAGAUCUGGAACUUUGUAAACUAGGUACAUAAGGCUGUUAUAGUAGGACGGGUACUGAAUUCUGUGUGUUAGAUCCUUACAAGGGCAUGCAGCAAUUCUUGGACGACUAGCUGCGGUGACAUAUCAUGCUCCGGGCCCAUCAUGCAAUGUAUGAUGAUUGUAUGCCUCUUACAGAC